AUGAAUAUCACUAAGAACCGGAAGACAGAGCUCGGGUACAUAUUCCUUUAUUCCACAAAGGUUCUAGAAGGCCGUGGUGCGCGAACUACUUAUACCGAUGAUAGCGAACUCGUCUGGCAGGGAGCAUUUGGGAAUAUUUCGGCAUUUCAACCUCAGACCUUAAAUGGCGAGCCUGUUCUGACAUAUUGGAGCGGCACGAUCAGCACCUCAGGGUACGGGCGCGGCUCUGUUCAAAUCUUGAACCAAGAGUACGAGAAGAUCCACGAGAUCACACUUCCGGAUGGGAAUCGCCACCUCCAGACGGCUUUCGAGUCUGCGUUCCCAUCUUACAUCGAUCUCCACGAGGAUGCAAUUAUAGAACAGGGAACUAUUCUGGUUGCGGCAUUCAAUGCGACCCAGACAAAUCUGACCAGUCUGGAGAGCACUGAAUCAGCCCGAGGUGAUGCCUAUCGCAGAUUCGUACACACCCUUGAUGGGUCCGGGACGAGCCAGAGUGACCCAUGGGACUUUGCGCAUCUGAACUCAAUUAUGCGCAUCUACGCCAUUGACAAGAAUGGCAAGCUUAAGUGGACGUUGGUUGGACCAACCAGAGGCGAUUUUAAAUUAGCUCUAGGAACUACAUUCUGUUUCCAGCACGAUGUGCGAAUCGUCGAGUCCAUGAACAGCACUGUUACGCUUCAUAUUCACAACAACAACAAUGCUCCCUUUUCAGAGGGAACACAUGCCACGGUCGGCCUCCUACUGAAACUCGACUUUGUCGCAAAGACCGCUUCGCCCGAGCGUCUCUUCUCGGACGCAGAAGAAGUGGUCUACGCCUAG